UCGUCGCAAUGUUUUUGAAGAUUAGUUUCCACUCAGGCGCAAGAUGUUGAGCUUCGUUCUAAUAAUCAGUGCACUUUGUUUAUUGUUUAUAUUUUUUAUGAGAGCUGAUUACUCGAGAGAACGUGAAGAAUCUAAAUCUGGUGUAUCUGUUACUCGGAGCCUGUGGUUGAAACGUCUGUGGCCAAAAACAAUAGUACAUCCUUUACCUCCCGCGUUACCGGGUGCGCUGCCCAUCAUAGGACAUCUGCAUAAAGGAUUUACCUGGUCGUCUAAUCUCUUUAAUUUCUUUAAGACUUUAAGUGAAGACUGCGUGAGACAAGGAGGUAUUACUGUUUUGAAACUUGGACCUGAAAUUCAUUAUGUAAUAACAGAUCCACAAGAUGCCUUGACAGCAGCAAAAUCAUGUCUUCGAAAACAUUACGUGUUUGAAUUCGCAAAAGUUUGGCAGGGUAAUAACUUAGCAACUUCAUCAGGAGAAACAUGGAAACAACAUCGCAAGAUGAUGACCCCAGCGUUCAGUCUGCCGGUGAUCCACAGUUUCUUAGACUUGUUUAACAGUCAGGCCAAGAAACUGCUAAAUACAUUGGAACCUUUCGUUGGCAAAGGGCCAUUUGAUCACAGCACUUAUUUUCUCAGAAGCAACUUUGAAACGCUUUGUGCUGGCACAUUUGGGAUAGACGCGAUCAGCCAGAAACAGCUAGAUAACUAUGUAAGCUCAGCAUAUGCAGUAAUCAGUCUUAUUGUAGCCAAGUUAUUCAAGGUUUGGCUGCAAAUUGACCUGAUUUACAAGCUAUCUGGGUUAAAGAAGAAGGAAGAUCAAUUAGUGGAGAAUUUACAUUCAUUGACGGAAACAGUUUUACAAAAGAAAAAACUUGCAAGGGAAAAUGAAGCUUUGUCCAAUACAGUCGAAUCAAAAACUAGCGGCUUACAGUACAAACCUGUCUUAGAUCUGCUAGUAGACCUGUCAGCAGAUGGUGCUUUAACAGAAAAAGAAGUUAAAGAACAAACUGAAGCACUUCUAACGGCUGGUUUUGAAACUACAUCCAACCAGAUGGCGUUCAUGACAAUGCUGUUAGGGGCACAUCCUGAAGUUCAGGAUAAAUUGUAUGAAGAGCUUGUAGCAGUACUGGGUCCUGACAGAGAUGUAGGAAAGGAUGAUUUGAACAAACUGGUUUACACAAACGCAGUUAUAAUGGAGACUGUUAGAGUGUUCCCAACUGUUCCUGUUAUACUAAGAUGCGUGGAUCAGGACGUGAAACUAAAAAACUACACGAUGAGUGAGGGCACUUACUGUAUUAUAUUUCCUCUGGUACCGAAUAUUCCAACCAAAGACUUUAAAGGGGAUCAGUUCAGGCCAGAAAGAUGGCUGGAUGAUAAUUUCAACGGCAAACAAGACUUUGCUGGAUUCGGCUUGGGAAAACGUGGUUGUACAGGUAAAACAUAUGCGAUGACAGCUAUGAAGGUGAUGUUGGCGCACUUCAUACGGCGGUACCGAGUGCGAGCUGACAUGAGCCAGCUACAGCUGUCUGCAGACUUUGUGCUCAAACCUGUGUCGGGGUGCCAGAUCAGCAUUGAACGAAGACAUUGUACAGCAGCUUAACCUAUGUUUUGAGAUUACUAAUGAUUGUUAUGACGAAUUUUAUGUAAAACUUCUAAUAAAUGAGUAUGAUGAUG